AUGGUUUUGUAUUAGUGUGGCGGCAUUUUCACAGAUCAGGCUAUUUUAGAUGCACAGAAGCGCCAGCCAGAUACAACCUCUGUGUUUCUAUGUUUAUGUUUUCUUAGCUCACCUAUGCGCAGUGUUUCAAAUAAAUCAUGCUUUUCUUUCUUUUGAUUCUCCCAAUUUCGUUGUUUUCUUCAAUCCGAUUUACGAAACCCAUAUCUACCUACUGCUACGAGUUCUGGCCUCGCGGGCUCCCUGUGGUUAGAUUGCCAAGCCUGGUGUUGAAAGGUAGGAACGCCUGGCAUAAUUCUGAUUUUGAGCAAAAAGAGUUCCGAAAAGUCUAAAACCAUGUCUAGAAAAAGCCUUGUUUUUGUUACUGGAAAUCAAAACAAAUUAAAAGAGGUGGUGGCGAUCUUGGGAGAUGCAUUUCCGUGGAAAGUUGAAUCCAAAGAUAUUGAUUUGCCUGAAUUUCAAGGCGAGCCAGAUGAGAUUUCCGAGGAAAAAUGCAAGAUUGCAGCAAUCAAGAUUGCAGGGCCUGUGAUUGUUGAGGACACCUGUCUGUGUUUUAAUGCAUUUGGCGGCUUACCAGGACCUUAUAUAAAAUGGUUUUUAAAGAAACUAGGCCCUGAAGGUUUACACCGAAUGCUGACUGGAUGGGAAGAUAAGACGGCAUAUGCAUUAUGCACAUUUGCAUAUUCAUCAGGCAAGCCAGACGAUCCAGUGCUACUCUUUAGGGGAAAAACAAUGGGCCAGAUUGUUGAGCCGAGAGGACCCAGAAACUUUGGAUGGGACCCCUGCUUUCAACCAGAUGGGUUUGAUCAAACAUAUGCAGAGAUGGCUUCUGAAGUGAAGAAUGGUAUUUCACACCGAGGCAAGGCUCUACAGGCUCUGAAGGAUCACUUUUUGUCACUUAGUGAGCCAGAUAUAAAAAAAGCUAAGUGUGAUGAACACGAAAGCCAGUCGCUAUGGUAACGCGCGCUACUGACAUCUUACCCGAAGCCACGAGAGACAGCGCAACAAAGAGAACGAGCGUCUUAGAACCUAUCAUCUUGUCAAAGGGUCGCUCUCUGAAAGAAAGUCAAGGACACGAUGGUAAUAACAUUUUGAAUUUCUAUAAAAGCCCAUAUGGGUAAGGUGUUAAGAGCAGAAAGACUUACAGAUAUGCCGUGUAGGCGUGGUGAAAUCAGGGAAAUAGUUCCACACAAAGUUAAACAGCCUCUGAAAGCCGCUAUUUUGUCAUCCUAGAAAAGUACCAGAAGCCUGAAAAAACAUCCAUUUCCAUCGGCUGAUUUGAAAAAGCCAAUGCGAUAUUUUCAAUGGAAUUUGGUAAAUAAAGUAUUAAACUUUGUUUUCAGAUGGUUAUUCCGAGAUUUUAGCACAUUAUUUGCCUUCUGAUAUUAAAUUAAGACAAUAACAAAGGAGUUGCUGAAACGGGCCCUUUAAAGUGGUGUGUUUUACGCCUUUGUGAUAACAGAAUAGUUUCGCUGACGUUUCGAGCGUCAGUUCUUCGUCGGGGCUUUAUGCCAAUGUUGAAACGUAAACGGAACUACUAAGUUUUCACAGAGGCGUAAAACCCACCACUUCAAACUUGUGUGGAUUUUACCCCCUUGUGUUACCUAUAACAGCGCGCGGGAUAGUCGUGUCACGCAACUCCCGUCACGCGACUAGAGUGGGGGACACGUACUUCCACGAAUACAAAAGAUUUCCACAGCAUCAAAACCAUUGCCGCGAACCAUUUCCAACAUCUUGUGAUGAAUGUGUGAUUCUAAUGAGUCUUGGAAAACCAGGUGCUCUUUUCUCAUUUAAACUUUUUCCCUUUCUCACACCUAGCCAAGUAACGCUCAAAACGUAUGAAUAACUAAAGAGUCACGAUAGUAUAUAAAGAGGCGAUAACAAUGUGAUCAAAAAGGGAAUAAGACUUCAGUUCAGAAGAGAUCGGAGGAGGAGAGAGAGAAAUAAGAGAAGGGAGGAGAUGAAUAAGAGUUCUGUUCAAAUGUUCAACAAGAGAAGAGUUGAGUAAGUCAGAGUCACACUGAAGAUGGCCUGACCGAGGUUUAGUCAGAGACAAAGAGAGCAGACGACCCGGAGGAGUUCUACGAGCAAA